AUGUCCGUGCGCCCCGAGUGGGACGCCUUCCUGCUGGACUCGAGCCCCCCCGAGCCUCCGUCGUCGUGGUCCUGGGAGUGGCGGCCCCCUCUGGUGCCGGCCGGCGCCGCGCUCCUGGCCGCGGCCACCGUGGCGGCCCCCGUGCUGGUGUGGCUGUCCCUGGCCUACCUGCGGCAGCGCGCCGAGACCAGCCUGGCGGCCAUGCGCAAGUUCGUGGCGGCGGCGCGCGCCCGCAUGUGGGACAUGGACUACGACCCCAAGCUGCGGCAGUGCCUGCGCGCGCUGCGGCAGCGCGACAAGGAGUUCGCCGAGCUGCUCAAGGCCUGUGACGACCUGCCGGGCCAGAGCGCCUGCUCGCGCGCUUGCAAGCAGAUGCUGGGCUGCGGCUCGGGGGACGUGGCCUUGGAGGCGUCCGACGUGGACCUGGCGCUGUCCGACUCGCACACGUGCUGCGACACGGCGGACGACGAGGUGCACGCGGCGCGCCGGAGCAUCGCCGUGGAGCAGGGCGACUGGUACCGCGGCGCGGCGCACGGCCUGUGCCUGCAGCACGUUGAGGACUCCUCCGAGGACGACGCCGACCCCUGCCGCCGCCACGGCCUCGAGGCCCGCGACGUCCGGGACCUCCGCGAAGAGCAGCUGCUGUGGCGGCAGCUGUACGCCGAGGAGCGGCGGCGGAACCGACCCAGAUAG